AUGCCUUCCUCAAGCACCGCCCUCGUCCUCGCUCUCCUCCCCUUUGUGCUCGCGCAGUCAUCAUCGGCGCCCGCGGGAUCCGUGACUGCGUCCGUCACCCAGGCGAUCCCAGCGUCGACCGUGUCACUGUCUAUCGACCCAAACAUCCCCCAAACUCCGUUAACGACCGUGCCCAGCUUCACUAUUCCUAACCUUUCCGCUCUCACCUCUGGCGCUCCAACAGACGCCACCGUCGCGCUCGACACAACGUACACUGGCGGCUCGUCGCCCACCCGGAUCUCUGGCGCACCAGCCCUCCCAGCUGUCACCGCCAUCUCUCCCGCCAACUACCCAUCUCUGGAUGUUCUCCCACCAACAGACUCCGCCCAGGUCAAGGAAUGGUUGUCCAAGAUCGAUUUCAGCAAGGUCCCAAACUACAGCCAGACUGACGGAACCUGCGGCGGUACCCCAGGAGCUAUCACCGAUGGCCGGUGUUGGUGGACAUGCGGUGGAUGCACCCGAUCAACCGAUAUCACUGCUUGCCCCGACAAGAACACCUGGGGACUGUCAUACGACGACGGACCCUCCCCCUACACCCCUCUCCUCCUCGACUACCUUGAUGCCCAGUCCCUCACCACCACCUUCUUCCUCGUCGGCUCGCGCGUCAUCUCGCGCCCGCAGAUGGUCCAGUCCGAAUACAUGGCUGGCCACCAGCUGUCGGUCCACACCUGGUCGCACCCCUACCUUACCAAAUUGACCAAUGAGCAAAUCGUCGCCGAGCUCGGAUGGACCAAGAAGGUCAUCAAGGACGUUACGGGUGUGACGCCCAACACCUUCCGCCCGCCUUAUGGAGACAUUGAUGACCGUGUUCGGGCUAUUGCUGCCCAGAUGGGAUUGACCCCGAUCAUUUGGACGUCUAUCGUCGCGAACGGUACCCGGACCAACUUUGACACCACCGACUGGAACAUCCCAGGUGGAACUGCCAACGGUCAAUCCUCCCUGUCCCGCUUCAACCAGAUCCUCAACACCUACGUCCCCCAGCUCGAUUCUGGGUUCAUCGUCCUCGAGCACGACCUGUACCAGCAGUCUGUUGACCUUGCUGUCGGUUACAUUCUUCCCCAGGCCCUCAAGGACGCCAAGUACAAGUUGAAGAGCAUCAUCAGCUGCAUGAACCAGCCUCUGUCCGAAGCCUACAUUGAGACCUCCUCCAACAACACCGCCACCCGCAUCAUGUCCGGCUCAGGCGGAAGCACCUUCUUCCAGCCCGCUGUCGGUACCCAGACCUUCUCGUCCGCUUCGGCCUCUUCAGCUGGCUCAGGCGCAGCAAGCAGCGGAAGUGCCGGGUCUAGCGCCGCAGGGGGCAGCUCGAGCGGAUCAGCCAAUGCUGGGAACGCGGCUGCUGCUUCUUCAUCGCGCGCAGCGGGCGAAAGGGUGGCUGGGAUGGGGUUCAAGGGCGUAUGGGGCGCGAUGGCGGCUGUGUUGGCGAUCGGAGCGGGAAUGACCCUUCUGGCUUAA